AUGGACGGGACGGGUGUGAAGCCCUUUUGGGGUGCACCGACUUCAUAUUUAAACUUUUGUGAAGAGGAUUAUGUUGUGACGCGGUAUAUUGCCGAGUUUAUCAAUACGUUAAGCAGUCUGGUAUACGUGGCAUACGGCAUCUACGGCCUCACCCAUGGCCGCAAAAAUGGCUCGCGUCUCAUUUCGUACUGCGGACUCAUUGGCGUGGGAGUCUGCUCAGCAGGCUAUCAUAUGACGCUGAAAUAUCACACCCAAAUGUCCGACGAGUUGUCGAUGCAUCUCUUGACGACCCCACUUCUAUACCGCAUCUUGACAUUCAACAAGUCGCAGCAGUAUACUAGAACAGUCGGUGUUGUUCUUUUUGUGCUUUUUACCGUUGUAAUGGCUACGCAUAUGCUCAUGGACGAAUUUCUCCUGCAUGCCACGGCAUUUGGCUUUGCGGUGUACAUGAUUGCGACGAGGGUCAUGAAGCUGAUUCCCCAGCAAGUGAGGGAUCCGCACAUUAGAACGAGCGUGAAGAGGAUUGCUAGAUUCGGGACGAUUUCCUUCGGGUUUGGCUUUUUCGUGUGGUUGAUUGACGAGUGGGCGUGUAGCAUGCUGAACAGCUCGCGACAGGUGGUCGGUUUGCCUUUGGCUUUCUUCUUGGAGCUACACGGAUGGUGGCAUAUUUUUACUGCGAUUGGAGGGUAUACUGCCGUAGCGCUGGUCGAUGAAAUAACCUCUGGUGAAGUGACCGCCGACCCUGCGCCCCUACUCGCCUGGCCUGUCCCGUUUGCGGCAAAACAUGUGCCGGGACUUCUGUCACCUUCUCUGGCGAACGGAGUCAAUGGUAAAUCGCAUUAG